AUGUUGGCACGGUGGCUGGGGCGAGCCAAGGCGGCGCCGUCGCGUGCCGAGUACAUCAUCGUUGGCGGCGGCUCGGCGGGCAGCGUCCUUGCGAACCGCCUCUCCAAGGACCACUCGGUGCUACUGCUCGAAGCUGGCAAGAGCGACAAGGGGCAUUGGGACUCGUGGAAGAUGAAGAUGCCUGCGGCGUUGACGUUCAAUCUGGCGGACGCACGCUACAACUGGGCGUACAUGACAGAGCCGCAAGAGCACGUCAACAACCGCCGACUUGCGUGGCCCCGCGGCCGCGUCCUCGGCGGCUCGUCGUCGCUCAACGCAAUGGUAUACAUUCGCGGCCACGCCCACGACUACGACGACUGGGCGCGCAGCGGCGCGACAGGCUGGUCGUACGAAGACUGUUUGCCGUACUUUAAGAAGGCGCAAGCGCACGAGCUCGGCGAAGACGCGUACCGGGGUGGCCACGGCCCACUGCACGUGACCCGUGGCACGCAGAAAGACCAAGUGCUCUUCAAGGCCUUCAUUGACGCCGGCAUCGAUGCAGGGUACCCGUUCACAGACGACAUGAACGGGUUUCAGCAAGAAGGCUUUGGCUGGAUGGACAGUACGAUCUACAAGGGCAACCGCUGGAGCGCGUCGGCCGCGUACCUGCACCCGAUCGUCCGAGAGCGAUCGUCGCUGCACAUCAUCACCGAGGCGCUUGUGCAUCGCGUGCUUUUGAACGGUACGUCAGCGACGGGCGUCGAGGUGUCGGACGCCAGCGGCAACCUCACCACGUACACGGCCGAGAAGGAGGUCAUUCUGUGUGGCGGCGCUAUCAACUCGCCGCAGACGCUGCUGCUCUCGGGCAUUGGACCCGCGGAUGCCUUGCGUGCCCACGACAUUCCUGUUGUCGCCAACAUUGCCUCCGUGGGCCAGCACAUGGAAGAUCACUUGGACAUGUACGUUCAGUUCCAGUGCACCAAGCCCAUUACGCUACACAACGCCUCAUGGAAGUACCCGCACAACAUGGUCGCGAUUGCGCUACAGUGGCUUUUCCAGCGCUCGGGGCAAGGCGCGUCUGCGCACCUCGAAUCGGGCGGCUUUAUUCGCAGUCGCCCGGGAUUACGCCAGCCCGAUUUGCAAUACCACUUUUUACCCGGCGCACUCACCGGUCAGCUCACGCCAGGUCCUGUCCAUGCGAUGCAGGCGCACUGCAGCCCGAUGCGGGCGACGAGCCGCGGCGAGCUCACGCUGCAGUCGCGCGACCCGCGGCAGCCGCCGCGCAUCGACCCGCGAUACCUCUCGACGCGCGAGGACGUCGACGACAUUCGCAACGCAGUGCUUUUGACGCAGGAGCUGUUCCAGCAAAAGGCCAUGGACCCGUUCCGCGGUGAACCGCUCUCGCCCAACCGCCUCUUUGGCGACAGCGAACAUGCGGCCAUCGAUGCGUGGGUACGAAACCAUACCGAGAGCGCGUACCACCCGUCGUGCACAAACCGCAUGGGUACCGACACGCGGACGACGGUCGUCGACCCACAGUGUCGCGUACACGGGCUCCAGAAUCUGCGCAUCGUCGACGCCUCGAUCAUGCCCAACAUUGUGAGCGGCAACCUCAACGCACCGACGAUCAUGAUUGCCGAAAAGGCUGCCGACAUCAUCCUCGGCCGCCCGCCACUGCCCAAAGCCAAGGGCAUCCCGGUCUACGAAGCGCCGCGCUGGGCAACCCACCAACGCUAA